CAAUCACUAAACAAUCGAAUUUAGCGGUUUCAUUUUUUGAGAGAUAAAUACGAUUAUAAACAAUAAAUGAAUCGCUGUACGUAGAAGUUAACUUCACAGCAAUGAUAUUACAAUAUCAAAGCUAACUUCAGUCAGUAGUGUAAUAAAGUAAACAUAGCCUGAAUUUUUACAAAAAUGGACGUACAAAAGCAUUCUGUGCAUACUCUAGUAUUCCGAUCUUUAAAAAGAACGCACGAUAUGUUCUUAUUAAAUCAAGGUACUUUACCACCUGUGGAUCUUAAUUUACAAAAGAUGAAAAAAACCAUAAAAGCAAAGGACUCUUAUGGUCCUGUAUUGGAACGUGUCAAGAAUAACAAUGUGAUGAAAGCACAGAAAGAAAAUGAAAAUGCAGAUCCUCCUCCACCAGGCGAUGAAUCUUUUGGAGGAAAUAGUAUUACUGCUACUGUACCUUAUAAUAGCACACAAAAUAGUAAUAUAAUAGCAACAACACAAGCAAGUUCUGGAGGAAAUGUAAUAAAUACUCUUAUAACACAAAAAAAGACAACUUCUAUGGCAAAACCAAAAUGGCAUCCGCCAUGGAAAUUAUACAGAGUUAUUAGUGGCCACCUUGGUUGGGUUAGGUGUUGUGCCGUUGAACCAGGAAAUGAAUGGUUUGCUACUGGUUCAGCAGAUAGAGUAAUUAAAAUAUGGGAUCUUGCAAGUGGUAAAUUGAAAGUUUCUUUGACUGGUCACAUAAGUAGUGUCCGUGGACUUGCAUUUUCUCAGCGUCAUCCGUACCUAUUUUCCUGUGGAGAGGAUCGACAAGUAAAGUGUUGGGAUCUUGAAUACAACAAGGUUAUAAGACACUACCAUGGUCAUUUAUCAGCUGUAUAUUCAAUGGCACUCCAUCCUAGUAUAGAUGUAUUAGUAACUGCGGGUAGAGAUUCUACUGCAAGAGUAUGGGAUAUGCGUACCAAGGCAAAUGUACACACGCUUGUUGGUCAUACUAAUACAAUUGCUAGUGUAAUUUGUCAAACAGCUGAGCCACAGAUUGUCACUGGAAGUCAUGAUUGCACAAUAAGGUUAUGGGAUCUAGCUACAGGAAAAUCUAAAGCAACUUUAACAAAUCACAAAAAGAGUGUGAGAGCUGUGACUUUCCAUCCAUCUUUGUACAUGUUUGCAUCAGCAUCUCCAGAUAAUAUUAAACAGUGGAAAUGUCCAGAAGGCAAAUUUAUUCAAAACUUAUCAGGUCAUAAUGCCAUAGUUAAUUGCUUGGCUGUUAAUGCUGAUGGUGUUUUAGUUUCUGGAGCAGAUAAUGGUACAAUGCAUCUGUGGGAUUGGAGGACAGGAUAUAAUUUUCAACGAUUACAAGCACCAGUUCAACCUGGUUCAAUGGAUAGUGAAGCUGGAGUAUUUAGUAUUACAUUUGACAUGUCUGGCACACGAAUGAUUACAACAGAAGCAGAUAAAACAAUCAAAGUGUAUAAAGAAGAUGAUACUGCUACGGAGGAAACGCAUCCUGUAAAUUGGAGACCAGAUAUAAUAAAACGAAGGAAAUAUUAAGCAUUUUUAUAUGUAAUAAAUAUUAACUACAGAUUUGUUAUAAAAUCUAAUUUUUAAAAUGAAAAAAUUAAUGA